UCCACGGAGUACAGACCAAUUGACUUGGUGGAUGCCAGGCAGGGACCCAAGAAAGGACUUUUUCCCCGUCACUUGAAACCCGCACUAGUUUUCACUGUCCACCCACUCUCUACAGCGGCGCCAAUGUCGAACCCACUAAUGGCCAGCAAUCGGGACGACCCUCUUCUUCUCUUGAGCGGCCAUCACCCCUCUUCCGCGUCCUCUCCGAUCGCCGUCUCGGAAGCCGACAGCUACCUUUUAGACGCCUCCCAGAUUGGCAGCGCGUCUGGCAGCUUCCAGAACGACGGAUUUCUUGGCGGGGGAUACGAUUCCGGGUUGAUCAAUGAAGCUGAAUACGGAUUCUCCAGACCCGAUUUCAGGCAGGGUCCACUUGUGGGUACGGUGGAGCUGUACGAGCGCCACGUGUUCCUGUGCUACAAGAAUCCUCAGGUGUGGCCGCCCCGCAUUGAGGCUGCUGAAUUUGAUCGCCUUCCUAGGCUUCUUGCCGCUGCUUUGGCUGCCAGGAAACCUGAUAUGAAGCGACAGACUCGCUUAACAAUAUGUGAGGGACGUGAUGGAACAGAGACUUCAAAUGGUGACGUGUUAAUCUUUCCAGACAUGAUCAGAUACAGGAGAUUAACCCAUUUCGAUGUUGAAACUUUCGUCGAGGAAGUGCUUGUUAAGGAUGGUGAAUGGUUGCCGGGAAGUCCAGAAGCCCUAAGAGGCUGGUACAUCUUUGUGUGCUGCCAUGGUACAAGGGAUCGACGGUGUGGUGUUUGUGGACCAUCUGUCAUUAGUAAAUUUAAAAAUGAGAUAGAGUCGCGUGGUCUACAAGGGAAAGUAUCAGUUAGCCCUUGUUCGCACAUUGGGGGGCACAAGUAUGCGGGGAACGUGAUCAUUUUUGGACCAAAUAUAAAAAAGGAAGUCACAGGGCAUUGGUAUGGAUAUGUUAUGCCCGAAGAUGUACCUCUUUUGCUUGAACAGCAUAUUGGGAAAGGAGAAAUCGUAGAUUUCCUGUGGAGGGGACAGAUGGGUUUAUCGGAAGAAGAACAGAAAAAAUCACAGGAACUGAGGUUCCAGGUUAAUGGUGGAUCAACUAUGGAUAGGACCACGAAGGAAUGUGCCCAAGUAAACGAAGGAAGUGUCAGCAUAUGUGCAUCUCAGGUGGAGGGCACGGGAUGUUGUCAAGUGAAUGGAGGCUUCUCAUGCUGUCAGAACUCUGUGUCACAAGGGAAGAGGCUCGAUCCUGAUUCUACAGCGAUUGCAGCGAAUUCUACUGCUGAAAAGAAGAAGAGCUCCAAGAAACAAGUCUUGCGAAACAAUAGUGGUAAAGGUACUGGUCCUCGUAAAGUGUGCUCAAUGCCGACAUGGUAUGAGAACUGGGAGCGGGAAGAUACAUAUGCUGCACUUGCUGUUAUUUCUGCUGCUAUGUCGGUUGCAUUUGCCUAUAGAUGCUACAAGCAGUUAAGCUAAAAUCUUAGUAGUGUUAUGUUAUGUUGUUCCGUGUGACAGAGGUUGUUGCAUAAUUCUUGAAAAGGUACUUUUGUGGUUUGGAGAUUAAAGGGCAUAGUGAAUCAUAGCACACAGUGUAUCUGAGAUAAAGGAAACGGGGGAUGUAGAAUGCAGUUUAAGUGCUGGCUGUUUACGUCUGUUCUUCCUACUUGGUAAAUGUCUGAAUUUGAAUCUGUAGUUUCCUGUAAUCUGAAAACACGGUUUGUACAUUAUUGCUAGUUUGUACAGUGAAUCAUGCUCCUGCUGCAAACUCACUACUUGAGUGCUUAAGCUUUUGAAAAUCCAUACAGCUUCUGAUU